UAUAAAUAUAUUGACAUUCAUAACAAAAGAAUCAGACAAACAAAGAAUUUAGUUAAGUAUAUGGUGAAUCGGUCCAAGAACAGGUUCACCAUGAAAACAAAGUAUGGAGCAGCAGUUGCACCCGUCUUCGUCCUUGCUGGUGCAUAUGUCGCUUGGAAUUACAUAAAUCAUCGGUUAUGGAGAAAGAAGGACGACAACAAUGGUCGAGAUAUCAGAAAAGGCAUCCAUAACAGCAUUAGUAAGGAGACUUCUUUAGCAAGACGUCGAAAGGAUCAGAAAACCCUCUCAAGAUCUGUUUCAAUGGGGGCUAUUCGAGGAGGAAAAGUGGCAUUGCAGAGAUUGCUUGACUUGCACUCAUAUCAUCUUGAUACUUCUUCCCUUGUAAAUGCUGAGAUUGAAUUUGAAUCUUUGCUUUCCAAGGAAAAGCCGGAUUUCGGGUUGCUUCAGAGAGACAUUGUGAAGAUGGAAAUGAGUGGAAAAGAAGCAAAAGGAGUUGAGAUAUUGAAGAAAGCACUGGAGAAAGCAAAAGCAGAAGGAAAAGGUCAUGAGGCUUAUGAGAUCGAGAUGUUGCUUGUGGAGAUGUUGAUCUACAUGGGAAACAUUGAAGAGGCUUCAAAAUGUAAGUGCUUAGAGGAUGAUUUCAUAACAGAUGCAAGGCGUCCUCUCUACCAGACUAUAAUAUAUUACUUUCGUGGAGUUCCUUGGAAGCAAGUCGAGGAGACAUUCAACAGGUUCAGGGAGAUUCAGAUGGGUCUACAAUGGCCUGGAAACUCAGAGGAAAGUGAGAGUCACGAAAUCACAUUAGAUGAGUUCAAGAAAGUAAUGGAAUCUCUCAAGCACGAAAUUGAAGACAGCAAGAAAAGACAAACGGUUAACUCAACUCCACGUGAGGCUAAAUAAAAUUGACAUGGAUGAUAUGUUUCAAUAAUUUCAAGAAAUGGUGUUGUUUCCACGAAUUGAUAAAAAUAUUUGGUACACUAUUCUUGGAAAAUACAUCAAAAAUAGAACAAUCUAAGUAUGUCAUU